GAACCGGAUAUACCUAUACCGGUAGCGGAGAAAGAAUGGAGGUAGAUAAAGCAAAGUUCCGCACAGAGGGACGAUGCUACCGAUGCGGAGAAAAGGGACAUAGAAGCUUCGAAUGCAAAGACGCACAAAAAAGGAAGCCACAAUUUAAUGUCCGAGAGUUCUUAGAAAAGAUGACGAAAGAGGAAAGGGAAAAACUCCUUGAGGGUUUUUAAAGAGGCCAGCGGUACCGCAUCGACCGACUGAGCCUAAAGACGUUUUGAAUCGGUUUCUUCCUUUGACUGUAGAUACAUGUGACUCAGAAUUGUUACGCUGCAGCUUUAGCGCGGAUGACAAUAAAAUUAUUUCCACU